CCUCCCGUGGCACCCACAGCCACGAUGGCAGAGCUGCCGGCCUCUGAGACGCCAGGAAACCCGGCCCUGUGCAGCGGACGCUUCACCAUCAGCACGCUGUUAGGGAGCGACGACCCCCCGCCACCCGCUGCCUUUGACAGCAGCCAGCCGAGCCAUCUGACCCACGGCAGCACCUUCUACAUGCGCACCUUCGGCUACAACACCAUCGAUGUGGUGCCCACCUACGAGCACUAUGCCAACAGUGCCCUGCCGGGCGAGCCCCGCAAGGUCCGGCCCACGCUGGCUGACCUGCACUCCUUCCUCAAGCAGGAAGGCAGCCACCUGCACGCCCUGACUUUCGACAGCCGGCCCAGUCAUGACAUGACUGACGGGCUGGUGGAGGAUGAGGCCGACCUCAAUGGCAAGAAGGGUCCCGAGGAGCCCGUGCGCUUUGGCUGGGUCAAGGGGGUGAUGAUCCGCUGCAUGCUCAACAUCUGGGGUGUGAUCCUCUAUCUACGGCUCCCCUGGAUUACAGCCCAGGCGGGCAUUGCCCUCACCUGGAUCAUCAUUCUGCUCUCGGUCAUGGUCACCUCCAUCACCGGACUCUCCAUCUCCGCCAUCUCCACCAACGGCAAGGUCAAGUCAGGUGGCACCUACUUCCUCAUCUCCCGGAGCCUUGGCCCAGAGCUGGGGGGCUCCAUCGGCCUCAUCUUUGCUUUCGCCAAUGCUGUGGGUGUGGCCAUGCACACGGUGGGCUUUGCGGAGACUGUGCGAGACCUGCUCCAGGAGUAUGGCACACCCAUUGUGGACGCCACCAACGACAUCCGCAUCAUUGGCGUGGUCACCGUCACCCUGCUACUGGCCAUUUCCCUGGCCGGCAUGGAGUGGGAGUCUAAGGCCCAGGUGCUCUUCUUCCUCAUCAUCAUGAUCUCCUUUGCCAACUACCUGGUGGGGACACUGAUCCCCCCAUCUGAGGACAAGGCCUCCAAAGGUUUCUUCAGCUACCGAGGGGACAUCUUUGUCCAGAACUUGGUGCCCGACUGGCGGGGUGUGGACGGCAGCUUCUUCGGCAUGUUUUCCAUUUUCUUCCCCUCAGCCACAGGCAUCCUGGCAGGGGCCAACAUCUCUGGGGACCUCAAGGAUCCCGAGGUGGCCAUCCCCAAGGGGACGCUCAUGGCCAUUUUCUGGACCACCGUCUCCUACCUGGCCAUCUCAGCUACCAUUGGCUCCUGCGUGGUGCGAGAUGCCUCUGGCAGCCUGAACGACACAGUGAUUCCAGGCGCAGGUCCCUGCGAGGGCCUGGCCUGUGGCUACGGCUGGAACUUUACCGAGUGUUCCCAGCAACACAACUGUCGCUAUGGCCUCAUCAACUACUACCAGAGUAUGAGCAUGGUGUCGGGGUUCGCACCCUUGAUCACGGCUGGCAUAUUUGGUGCCACCCUCUCUUCUGCCCUGGCCUGCCUGGUCUCCGCUGCCAAAGUCUUCCAGUGCCUGUGUGAGGACCAGCUGUAUCCACUGAUCGACUUCUUUGGCAAAGGCUAUGGCAAAAACAAGGAACCUAUACGCAGCUACCUGCUGGCCUAUGGCAUCGCAGUGGCCUUCAUCAUCAUCGCUGAGCUCAACACCAUCGCCCCCAUCAUUUCCAACUUCUUCCUGUGUUCCUACGCUCUCAUCAACUUCAGCUGCUUCCACGCUUCCAUCACAAACUCACCAGGCUGGAGACCCUCAUUCCAGUACUACAGCAAGUGGGCAGCACUGUUCGGGGCAGUGGUCUCGGUGGUCAUCAUGUUCCUUCUCACCUGGUGGGCGGCCCUCAUUGCCAUCGGCGUCGUACUCUUCCUACUCCUGUAUGUGCUGUACAAGAAGCCAGAGGUGAACUGGGGCUCCUCAGUGCAGGCCAGUUCCUACAACCUGGCCCUGAGCCACUCCGUGGGCCUCAACGAGGUGGAAGAUCACAUCAAGAACUACCGCCCCCAGUGCCUGGUGCUCACUGGGCCCCCAAACUUCCGUCCUGCACUGCUGGACUUCGUAGGCACCUUCACCCGGAACCUCAGCCUGAUGAUCUGUGGCCACGUGCUCAUUGGGCCCCGCCAGCAGAGGAUGCCAGAGCUCCGGCUCAUCGCCAACGGGCACACCAAGUGGCUCAACAAGCGGAAGAUCAAGGCCUUCUACUCGGACGUCAUCGCCGAGGACCUCCGCAGUGGGGUGCAGAUCCUCAUGCAGGCCACAGGUCUUGGAAGAAUGAAGCCCAAUAUCCUCGUGCUUGGGUUCAAGAAGAACUGGCAGUCGGCUCACCCAGCAACGGUGGAAGAUUACAUCGGCAUCCUUCACGAUGCUUUUGACUUCAACUAUGGCGUGUGCGUCAUGAGGAUGCGGGAGGGUCUCAACGUCUCGAAGAUGAUGCAGGCUCAUAUUAACCCCAUGUUUGACCCGGCAGAGGACGGCAAAGAAGCUCGAGCCAAUGGAGCCAGGCAUUCAGUGUCGGGCACAUUGGACCCCGAGGCCCUGGUGCGGGAGGAACAGGCCAGCACCAUCUUCCAGUCAGAGCAGGGCAAGAAAACCAUCGACAUCUACUGGCUCUUUGACGAUGGAGGCCUCACCCUCCUCAUUCCCUAUCUCCUCGGCCGCAAGAAGAGGUGGAACAAGUGCAAGAUCCGCGUGUUUGUUGGGGGUCAGAUCAACAGGCUGGACCAGGAGAGAAAGGCGAUCAUUUCUCUCCUGAGCAAGUUCCGCCUGGGGUUCCACGAAGUCCACGUCCUUCCUGACAUCAACCAGAAGCCGAGAGCUGAGCACAUCAAGCGCUUUGAAGACAUGAUUGCACCCUUCCGUCUGAACGAUGGCUUCAAAGACGAGGCCACAGUCGCUGAACUGAGGCGGGACUGUCCCUGGAAGAUCUCGGAUGAAGAGAUCAACAGGAAUAGAAUCAAGUCCUUCCGCCAGGUGAGACUGAAUGAGAUUCUGCUGGACUACUCCCGAGACGCUGCUCUGGUCGUCAUCACUUUACCCAUUGGGAGGAAGGGGAAGUGUCCAAGCUCACUCUACAUGGCCUGGCUGGAGACCCUGUCCCAGGACCUCAGGCCUCCUGUCAUCCUGAUCCGAGGAAACCAAGAAAAUGUGCUCACCUUUUACUGCCAGUAGCUGCAGGCCUGGCUGUCCCUGCCC